GCUGAAAUUGGCGGUCCGUGCCAGCCAAAAACGGGGCCCAAAAACGGCAGCUCAGACCAUUUGAACCCCGCCAAAAUCCUGGCCGCGAUCGUGAGGUCCCAAACAAACUACCCCACCUCACACAUCACACUUCGCAAAAAGACAUGGACGAGGGAGAGCUAGAACAGAUCCGAAAGGCGCGCCUCGAGCAGCUGAAGGCUCAGGGAGGAGGUGCAGGCGGCAAAGGCGGUAGCCCCAGCCAGGAACAACAAGCGCAACAGAGACAACAACAAGAAGCCGAAGCGCGCCAGUCGAUGCUGAACCAGAUCCUGCACCCCGAGGCGGCGGACCGGCUGGGCCGCAUCCGGCUCGUCAAGGAGGAGCGGGCGGCUGACGUCGAGAACCGGCUGAUCAUGAUGGCGCGGUCGGGCCAGCUGCGGCAGAAGGUCACGGAGGAGCAGCUGAAGGAGAUACUCGGCGCCGUGGCCGACAACAAGGAGGAGGAGAAGAUUGUCGUGAGCAGGCGGAAGGGGUGGGGGGAUGAUGACGAUGACGAUGAUCUGCUGGGCUUGUGAGGGAGGGGAUGUGAUGAUGCGGUUGCCUCGUAUUAUUUUUGAGUAGUGGUUGGGAUGGAGAUUCACCCGGUGAACUCGGGUUCUAAGGUCUAUAGGCGUGUAUGAUACAUCUAUGGUACAGCGAUGGCAUGGCACGGCACGAGUCCCAACUACGUAUCCAGGGACAAAUAAA